AUGGGUUCCACUAUUUUGGAUAUGAGCUGUUUUAGCUUCAGUUUUGGCAAUAACUGGAGUUUGACGUCUAGCAGAAGAUCAAGGCUUCGCAUUUCCCAGGUAAAAACCGUCGGAGAGCUAAGGAAGACACGAGAUAAGACAGACCUGAGGGGAAAAAUAAGGAAUGUCAUGGAAGAUAAUCUUAUCAUUUCCGAUUCUCAUAAAUCUAUGCUAGACAUCUCCCCUCCACUAGUUAGUGCAUUACAAGCUUUAGCAGAACAAGAUGCUGCCAGUUUUCACUUCCCAGGGCAUAACAGAGGGCUAGCUGCUCCAUCAUCAUUGACUCGACUCAUUGGCUUCAGAACUUUUCUUCAUGAUUUAAAUUUACCCCCGUCCCUUUCUCCCAAAAGGUCCAUUUUAGAUGCACAAGAACAAGCAGCCAAACUGUUUGGCGCAUCAGAGACAUGGUUUCUUGUUGGGGGCACAACUUGUGGAAUCCAUACGGCAAUUAUGGCCACUUGUUCCCCGGGAGACUCUCUGAUUAUCCCCCGGAAUUCCCAUAUAUCAGCCAUCUCUGCCAUUGUAUUGUCUGGAGUAGUACCAAAGUACAUCAUUCCCGAGUAUGAUUUUGAUUGGGACAUCGCUGGUGGAAUCACUGCUUUGCAGGCAUGA